AGGAAAAAAAUUUAUUUAAGGGAUCAAAAUUCCUGGUAAUAAAAUUGUUAAAAGGGUAAAAAAUCUGAAUUUACAUUAAAGGUUUAUUUAUUUAUUUUCAUUUGACUCAUGUUUCCUUCAAAACUAUCUUUAGAAAUGCUUAAAUGGUUGAUGUUCGGUCAUAAACAAGCAAAAGCAUUUUAGCAAUUUGACUUUCCACCCGUGAUUUAUAUAUUUUUUAAGUUAGUCAAUUAAAAAUUGUUAAUUGAGAUAUAUUGAGCCUUAGAGAACUUGUAAGGGGGUUCUCUAAUGAUUUUUCAAACCAAUACCAGGAAAUACAUGACAAGAUCUAAUAAGAUAGAGAAAGCAUACAAAUAAAGAGAAAUCAAGUGUACUAUCAUGUGCAUGACAAAAAAAAAAAAUGGUCAUGAUAGUCAUCACCAUUCUAUUAAUGGGUCCACGGUGAUGGAGGGAGCAUGGUCAUGUACAUGACAACAAAAUAAAUAUGGUCAUGAUAGUCAUCACCAUUCUAUUAAUAGGUCCACGGUGAUGGAGGGAGGAUGAUCAUCAUAUGACCCAGGUGGUAGAGCCCAAUAUCUCCUAAAUCACAUAUCUAAUAUUUGGACGGUGAUGACAAUCAUAUAAGUUGCGAUCAUAAAUCUUUUAUGGUUAUAUGGAUCAUGUGGCUCAGGUUUAAUUGAUUAGCGCUCGACGGUUUGUAAAGCUACGCUCUAAGCUCAAUUCCUACCAAGGUGCCCCUCUCCCCAUAUUGUCUCACCCAAAAAAAAUAUGAUGGCAACCAAGGGAGUGAGACAGGCUGUAGGGCAAAAGGGUUGAGGGCGAACAAGGUAUGCAAAGCAGGGUGGCAACGAGUCGGGCUGGAUUUGCCCUUUGCCCAGGGUGGUAUCGGGCCGGACUUGGCCCUCGCCCGUCGCCCAGAUUGGCUCUAUUAGGCUAGGGUGAUGCCGGUCUAAAAAUAAAUGAAAAAAAGAAAAAGAAAAAAGAAGAGCCUGUCGGGCCCGCACUGUCCCCAGCCUGGCUCUUAGGCUAUGUGUUCCAGGCCCUACUAUAUACGUAACGGUUUAGAGAGAGACUAAAAUUAGGAAGUGUGAAUGAAGAAAGAGAGGGGGGAUGGGAUAAGGUUGGAGUAUGCUAAAUAUAUUUGUCACCACUCCCACUUCAAAUUAAAGCCUCUCACCAACUCAGCUUCUGCUCCGCUCUGAUACUGAGGCGUGAGAAUCCGAGCUUCCCUCUUUCCUUUUUUUAGCCUACAAAUUCCCAUCCAUUCCCCCCUUCUCCUCCACAACUCUCCCAUCCUACAGCGAGAGAGAGAGAGAGAAAACACAGAGAGCUUGUAGGGAGAGUAGUAUAAAUAGACAGAGCAAGCCAGACAAACAGAGGAGAUAGAGAAAGACAGGUAGAGAGGUAAAAAGAGGGACAUAAGGAGAGAGAAAGAGAUAGGCAAUGGACCCAAACCAGCAAAACCAGCAACCAUCUCAGGCACCAGCACGAGGCUACCCACACCCCAACAUCCCAAUCACGGCACAAUCCUUCCAACGCCAGCAGCAACACCUUCUUCACCAACAAGCCCAACAGCUCGACCUCUUCUGGUCCUACCAGCGCCAAGACAUCCUCCAAACCGCUGACUUCAAGACCCACACCCUCCCUUUGGCCCGCAUCAAGAAGAUCAUGAAAGCUGAUGAAGACGUGCGCAUGAUCUCGGCUGAGGCCCCUGUCCUCUUCUCCAAGGCGUGCGAGCUGUUCAUCCUCGAGCUCACCAUUCGCUCGUGGCUCCAUGCCGAAGAGAACAAGCGUCGGACGCUGCAGAAGAACGACAUUGCCGCUGCCAUUACCCGAACUGAGAUAUUUGAUUUCCUGGUCGAUAUUGUGCCGAGAGAGGAGGCUAAAGGGGACGAGGCUGGUGCGCUUGGAGUGGGUGCACCGAGAGGGCUAGGUGGGUUCGGCGGGAUGGACCCAGGUGCACCGGGUGGGUUCUAUUAUGGGCAGGGCCCGAGCUUGGGUACGCCUGCUCUGGGGUUUGAGGGGGGUCCUUCUGCUGCUUCUUCUGCUAAUGUGUGGUGGCAUGGUGAGCAGGGGUAUGUGGAUGGUGGGGUGGAGUAUGGUGUGCCGCCUCCGCCCCCUCCACCAGCUAGUGGCUAGGGAGUUGCGUAUGGUUUUGUCAGGGCUGUCCAUAGAGUCAGGGGCUUUUGAAACGGGUUGUGUAUUGUGGCCCAGGUUGUGUGUGCUCUCUUAGUGGUUUGUGUAUGCUGUGUGUUGGGGUGGUGUUCAUGGUGUUGGGAAGAGAAAGUGGUCUUUUGGAGAUUUUUUUUUUUUUUUUGCUUGUUAUGGGAAUUUGUGGGGUAUCGUUAUUGGGGUGUAAGUUGGAUUUGGAGAAUAUAAAUUAAUGGAGUUUGCUUGGUUUUGGUUUC